CAAGCCGGUCUCGGACCCCUGGGUUGCCGCGCGCCUCGCUCAUGGCCGGCCCGGGAACUGCUGCUUGAGAAGCAUGGCGCGGGAGGGUGGGGGCGUUGCCCGUCCCAGGCGCUCGCCCGGCGAGCGCAAAGCUGCUCGCAGCUGGGCCCGACACUCCGCGGAUCGGGCCGCGCGCAAGCUCUCCGAAGAGCUGGCCCCCGUCGAGUCGGAGCUGGACGCCACCGCCGAGGCGCUGGAAGGGCGGAUGGGAGGCGCGGAGGCCGCGGGGCGUGUGCGCGCCAUCCUCCCUGCGCCCACGGCGCGGGCGCUCUCCUGGUGGGCCCUGCCCGGCUGCGGAGGAGCGCCGCCGUGCCCUCGGCCGCCGUGGGCGUCGAGGCGGCGGCGGCCAGCGACGGCUGCGCGGCGACGGGCUCGCAGGGGUUCGCGGCCGAGAGGCGCGGCGGGAGGCGGAGCCGCGUUCGGAGGUGGAGGGCGCCUCUCUCUUUCUGCCGACGCCGUGCCGCUCGCGCCCGCCGUCCCAUUUCGCGCCUGGCGAGUGGGAGGCCUUGCCGAGCCAGCCUUCUCGGUCGCAUCGAGGUGCAGUCGCUCGUGCCGGACGCCGAGCUGUCGGCCGAGGUGGCGGCGGCGCCCGUGCGCCGCGCAGCUCACGGCGGUACUGCCAGACCGGGAGGAGAAGGGCAUGGAGCAGAAGGCGUCGCUGCCUGUGAUGAUGAAGCAGCCGCAGAUCUCGGAACCCUUCGACGGCGGGAUGGAGAUUUCCGAGGCGGAUAAAGCAGGGCGUGGUCGAGCUGAUCUGGACGGAGGUUCGUCGCUGCCGUGCCCUGCGGCUGUGCCGCGGGUGCCUUGCGGGCUGCCGCUGGGCCCUCGUGGAGUGCGCCUCGUCACCCCCGCACUCGUCGACGACGACCAGCCCGAUGCCGUGGGCGAUGACUGCGACCCGCUCGACGCCUUCGACUUAGGCGGCUUUCGAUUAUGAGUUCAUGUUCAGCGUGCUGCCCUUCCUCGGUAGGUCUCAAUUCGCAUCUUUUUUGUGGUGCCGUAGUUUGCCAUGGGAUUCCUUGGCAGGGGUGUGCAUGUCGGAGUAUCGUCUCAGCUUUAGCGCUCUGUGCGAUGUAUCGUCCUUCUCUCCUCGCCCCGCUCCCCGUUCUCCCUCUUCUCUUUCCCCCGCUGCGCGGGCGUCGUCGUGUCAGGCCGGCUUGCGCGCGCGCGAGAGUUUACAGUCUGUAUUCGCCGUUGGCCGUUGCUUCCUUGUCUUCAUGCCCGGCCCGAGCCCGGGGCUACUGACAUUAGAUCGUUGUACCUUGGCAGUGGUUGUUCGCUGUCCUCAGACUCUCCCUCUUUCGCCCGCGGCUUUUCGCUUUGGCCCUCGGCCUGGUUUCAACAGCGUUGAUCCUGGCAGCCGGUUUGGUAAGCACGCUGCCCACUCCCUCUUCUUGCACGGUCUCACCAGCCAGUUGGCAGCCAGUUACGGUAUGCUGGAGUCCCCUUCCCAUCAGUUGGGAUGAUGUCAGCUUUCACCAUCGUGUGUUCUUUCAUGGAAACAAUGUCCCUCACUGCUCGUGUUAGUUCAGUGGCGGUGAAGACGUGGAGGUAAUAAUCUUUUUAAUACAUGCCUUCUUUCUGCAUUGGUUCCGGAGCGUUUCAUCCAUAUUUUCCGCCUGGACACGGCAUGAGGCUGCGGCCUCCUGCGCCCUGCCC